AUGCUCCGCGGCUCCGCUCUGCUCCUCCUCCUCCUCCUCUGCUCCGCCUCCGCCUUCGAGCCUCUGCCGGAGGAGGCGGCUCCCCGCCGGGCCCGUUUCUCUGCCAACAGCCCGACUGAUGUGGCCAGAUGUUUGAGCGGUGCCGUGACCGUCGGCUGUGGGUUCUUCUCCUGUCUGGAAAACUCCACCUGCGACACUGACGGGAUGCACGAGCUCUGCGAGCUGUUCCUGCACACCGCCGCAAGCUUCAACACCGAGGGUAAGACGUUCGUCAAGAAGAGUCUGCACUGCAUGUCUCAGGGAAUUUCGGGCAAAGUCUUCCAGUCCAUCCGCCGCUGCAACAUCUUCCAGAGGAUGAUCGCUGAGGUUCAAGAAGAGUGCUACACCAGCCUGGACAUCUGCACUGUGGCUAGGACUAACCCUGAUGCCAUUGGAGAGGUGGUGCAGGUGCCUACUCAUUUCCCCAACAGGUACUACAGCACCCUGCUCCAGACGCUGCAGGCCUGUGACGAGCAGACGGUAGCGGCGGUGAGGGCCGGGAUCAUGUCCCGGUUGGGCCCCGACAUGGAGAUCUUCCUCCAGCUCAUCCAGAACAAACCCUGCACCACAGACUCUGGCUCAGCCGCCUACAAUAACCCUUCCAGCUGGAGGAACAUGCCCGUGUUCAACAUCCAGCCAGGCUUCAGAGGCCGAGACCCCACCCACCUGUUCGCCAGGAGAAAGGCCCUGGAGGGAUCUGAAUGGCUGCAGGGUCUCAGAUUGCAGCCAAUAGGAAACUGGAGCAAGCCCAGAGAGCAGGAUGGAAGCAGCACAGCACACAUUCAGAUAAAAUACAAUAUCUCUGGUAUUAGGAGGGAGCGGCAGCGGGAUCAGGGUUUUCUGAUCAAAUGA